CAUUAUAAGGUGACUCUCCAACUGCUGCGGUGCGGAGGUUUUCUUAUUUAAUAACUUCGAAGUAUUGCUAAUAAAUCUGCACAUCCGAGCAGUUGUUGGUGAAUCCGGGCAUUAUUCAUACUCUUCUUUUUUCUACUGCGCACCGGCAUUAAAUACUUUACUAAAGUUGUUAAGGAUUUUUUCCACUCCGUUAUCUAUAUGUUACUACCGCCACCAUCGUUAUGCAUUGACCAGGGAUUUACUUUAAUUUUAAUUAAAUGUAGAAAAAGUGCUUUUUGUCGUUUUGGUACCUACAAGAUCAGCAAACCGUUAUACUCUUCCGUUCAUCGUGGUUUUAUGUCUCUCUGUGCAGUGGAAGAUUAAUCUGCUGCACGUGGGAAGCCGGUGCUUGGAGCUUCCACUUGUUGAUUAGAACCCGGUUUCAUAAGGGCUUUCACUAUGUGUCGAUUGACAACGGAUAUCAUCGUUCUCGGAGUCUUUAUGGCACUUCGGAUAUGUUCGGCGGCCAGGGACAACGGAGACGAUGAUGAUUCCAUGGGGUAUUCAAUGCCGUCCCGCGUAAAAACUCCCCAGUUGACCUUAAUCGAUGCCACAUGCGACGCCAGCGGCAUGCAAGUGACAAUACAGUUCGACAUGGUGUUCAACGGCAUCAUUUAUUCCAAAGGCUCGUACUACACGCAAGGCUGUGUAUUCAUCCAGGCCAAUCAGAAUCUCAACAAAUUCACCUUCACUAUUCCCAUUAAUGCGUGCGGCACGCAGAGCGGCAACGAUGACACCAAAUCCCCGCCUAUACGCUACAUCGAAAACACCAUCAUCAUGCAGAAUGACGCCAUGAUCCAGCAGCUGACGGAUGUGGCGCGGAAAGUGCGCUGCAACUGGAAUUCUAACUUCCGCAACACGAUCACGUUCACACCGUUCCGCGUGGACAUGGGAAUUGCAACCAGCGUGAAUUUCAAUGGCGACGACGUAACGACAGCCAUGUCGGUACAAGUGGGGCGGGGUCCAUUUGCGCCGGUUAUUGCGGAGGGAAUUGUGCAGAUUGGUGACACGCUGACGCUGGUUAUCUAUCUGCAGACGAAAGAUGUGACCAUGGAGAUUCAGGUCCUGGACUGCUACGCCACGGAUGGGAAGAACAGGAAUAAGAUUCAGUUGACCGAUGAGAAUGGGUGUGUGAUGAAGGAGAAACUGAUUAGCCAAUGGCAGACAACACGGGAGACACAGAAUACCGCUGCCCAGAUUGCGUAUGCCUAUUUAACAGCGUUCAAAUUCCCGGAUGAUUAUACUGUGAACAUAAAGUGCAACAUUGCCGUUUGUAAGGGAGGCUGUCCUUUUAAACAAUGCUCCGGAAGAAAUUAUGGUCAAGUGGAGCCGCCGCCCGUUGUUCCCGACAAUAGCUACAAGUUGCACCGACGCACUACGCCAGCACCGCCACCAGUUAUCCCCGAUGACGGUUAUGGACCAAUCAAGAAGCUUACUCCGCCCCCAACUACGACAACCACGACGACGACGACAACUACUCGACGAAGAAUUGUCUAUCCCGUGGAAACUCCCGAACCCCCGCCAUACGUUCCGCCCCGCCCACCGUAUGUUCCGCCCAAGAUUAUCACGCCUCCGCCGGAAGAAGGUUAUGGACCCCGUCCCACUCCAGGGCCGCGUCGUCGCACCGUCUUUGAUCGUCGCCGGCGUGAGGCGGCGGAAUUCGGCUUCAAUGAGACGUUGACCACUCUGUCCACGGUGCAGUCCACCGGUCAAAUCCCUCUGUCCAGCAGUAUUCGCGUCAUAUCCCCGGCAGACGUCACCUCGCCACAAUCACUACUCCGCAUCGCCCCGCAAGCCGGCGACAGUUCUACACUGUGCGUCAACACAGUCCUCUUCGCCUUUGGCAUUGCGCUGAUUUUUGCUCUCCUGGUGGCAUCGUGUGUCACGUCGGCGCUGUUGUGUAUACGGCAGCGAAGUAUUAGCAAAAGCGACAAAGAAGUGUACGAGUAUGACAGCAGUCCACUGCCCGAUUAUCCACAGAAAUAAUUAAUGCCACUUUCCAGCUCGAAGAGGACAGUAAUGUGUACUGUUUUUUAUGUGACUGGUGCCUAUGCUGUGACCUUUCCAAGAUGGUUUUCUCACGUUGUAAGAUUUAUACUGUAACUUGUUUUGGUGUUCCUUAACUAUUUGAUAUAGUGCACAUUUAGGUGAUAAUGUCGGAAAAAAAUAAAUAACAAGAGGCUAAAUAAAGAA